UAGGGGAUGAGAAAAAAAAUCUCUACUAAAAUUGAGAGAAAAAAAGAAAUCCACCGUGUAUUAUUAGACGGAGACGAGAAUGCUGACACGCAAUUGCUGUCGGUGUCUAGCUAGAGCUGCGCCUCGCUCAAGAUCGGUACACGCUUCUACUGCCAGAACACAGCUCAGAACAUAUGCGUCGUCAACUUCUGUUGUCAACGCCGCAGCUCCUGCAGCAGGCAAGGCAGGCUUACUGGCGCCGUUUCUGACGGAAUUGGACAAGAAGGCCCCGAGCUUUGAUUUGAAGGGAGAGCAGAUCCGCGUGAUUAAGACACCGGCGGAAUUUUAUGAGACGCUCAAGGAACGCAUUCGGAAUGCCAAGUCUAGAGUCUUCCUCUCCACGCUGUACAUUGGAAAGUCGGAAAAGGAGCUUAUUGAGACGCUGCAGGAGGCGUUGCGCAACAAUGCCGAGCUCAAGGUGAGCAUUCUGACAGACGCUCUGCGUGGGACACGAGAGGCACCCAAGGCCUCGUGUGCGUCUCUACUGGCACCCCUCGUGUCUGAGUUUGGAGAAGACCGCGUGGAAAUCCGCAUGUACCACACGCCGAAUCUCACGGGCAUGCGCAAGAAGUACAUCCCGAAGCGCAUCAACGAGGGCUGGGGCUUGCAGCACAUGAAGUUGUACGGUAUUGACGACGAAAUCAUCAUGUCCGGUGCCAAUCUCUCCACUGACUACUUCACCAACCGCCAGGACCGCUACCACUUGUUCUCGUCCAAGGAGGUCACCGACCACUUUUGCAACAUCCACAACGGCGCCGGCUCACUCAGUUUCCUUGUUAAGCCUUCUGACGAGCCUGCUGGGUUUACGCUUGACUGGCCCGCGACAAACUCGGCACCGUCGCCGCUGGAAAGCCCGCAAUCCUUCAUCAAAGGCGCCACGGCGACCCUCACGCCGCUACUUACAGGAGCACAGUCUGCGCAGCCAAAGCCGUUCUCCGACACACGAGUCUAUCUCCUGGGCCAAAUGUCGCAGAUCAUCAAGCCCGACUCGUCCACCGAGCUGCCCGCCGUCACGAGCAUCCUAACCCGCCUUGCUGAGCCGGCGUACAAGAACUCAUCGUGGACAUUUACCGCGGGAUACUUUAACCCUGCGCCCUCCCUGACGAAGCUGCUACUCAACUCGGCAUCCACCAACAACGUCGUCAUUACCGCGUCGCCCGAGGCUAACGGGUUCUACAAAUCCCCUGGCGUAUCUGGUCUUCUGCCCGAUGCAUACACGCUUCUUGCGCGCAAGUUUGUCCACGGCGUCCACCACAACGGCCGCGCCGAUGCCAUUACUCUCAAGGAGUGGAAGUACGGUGUUGUCGGACAGCCUGGCGGCUGGACGUACCACGCCAAGGGCCUCUGGGUGACGAUGCCUGGCGACAGCGGGCCCUCACUGAGCAUCAUUGGCAGCUCCAACUAUACCAAGCGCAGCUACUCGCACGAUCUGGAGGUUGGCGCGCUGAUUGUCACGGAGAACGACGGGCUGAAGAAGAGCCUUGCCAAUGAGCAGCAGUGGCUCCAGGAGCAUGCUAGUGCUAUGACGAGGGACGACUUUGCGAGAAAUGAGCGCCGUGUUGGGCUCAAAGUGCGCAUUGCCAUGUGGAUUGUAUCUGCUGUUGGUGGUGCAUUGUAAAAUUAGGUGUUGAUGUGUAUAUUAUAUGUAAUUUUCUCCCUCUUGUGGCCCUUUCUUGUAUAACGGCUGUUUAUAAUACUAAAACGUAAUAGACAUUGUUGUAUUUCAUCCACAAUAUGCACAGGAUUCAUAGUGUUGGUAAGAAAAGAAGUGGAAACAAAGGAAGAAGGAAUAAUACAUUUUGGUGUCUAGUAGUAAUUUACAAUGGGUGUUAACCGCUCCUAUAUAGGUUUGUAGAGGACAGUUUAUGAAUUACAGCGUCUGCUUGCCCAGCUCCGGCGCCUGGGGUCCGGCGCCAUUGACAAAGACGCGCGUAACCAAAUCGCUUUGGUGCUGCUCAAUCAUCUCCUUGAGGACGCUCUUCUCCAUGACAACCUUGCCCGUCUCGAGCAGGUCCUUGACGUCGACAUCCCACAUCUCCAGCGCGCGGGCCUCCCACGGCACCUGCUCCAGACUCUCAUACAGCUUGUCACUGCGGCCGCCGGUGACAAAGAGCGAGCGGCCAUCGGCGCGGCCAAGGCCCAGAGUGUUGAGGACUCCAGUAGUGUACUUGGCGAGAUAGGCCUCACGCAGACCGUCCUGCAUGUGCUCGGCCUCGAGGGCAGUAAAGUCUUCGGGGUAGGGCAGCUCCAUGCCAUCUUCGCAGACAAUCAGCUCGCCUCGUCGGUAUCUGUAGCUGAGGGCAGUGCGCCAUGCCUUGUCGUAUACUUUGCGGUUGAGCUUGGUGCCAAAGUCGCGGGGCUGAGGACCAAAGGUCUUGCCACCACCGCGGAUCAGGGGACUCUGUCGCGUGCCUUGGCGAGCGCGGCCGCUGCCCUUUUGCGGGCGAAUCUUGCGGUGAGAACCGUGGACUUCGUAGCGGGUCUUGACGGAGGCAGUACCGGAUCGCGUGUUGUCGCCCUCGAAAACGACGGCGAGGUGGAGGAGGUCGCGGCGGAGCGGGAGGUAGAGGUGCUGGACGGACCACUGCUCCUGUGCUGUCGGCUCGAGGGAGGGGAAGCUGUGGAUGGUG